AUGUCAAUAUCUUCAAAUUCUGCAAAUGUCAUUACUUUUUUACAACUAGUCGGAAAACUCAAGAAUUUGAAACGAACAGGAUGGGUUAUCAGGAACGUGGAAGAUCCAGAAACGGUUUCAGGUCACAUGUACAGGAUGAGUGUCAUGACUUUUCUUUUACCAGAAUCUGCUGGGGUUGAUAAAGCUAGGUGCAUGAAAUUGUCAAUAGUGCAUGAUCUUGCUGAAUGCAUUGUCGGUGACAUAACACCUUAUUGUGGAAUAGAUCCUGCUGAAAAACAUAGGCAAGAAGAUGUUGCUAUGAAGGAAAUAACCCAAUUGAUAGGAGACAGUGGUGUAGAAAUUUAUAAGCUGUAUAAGGAAUAUGAAGCUCAAGUAACUAACGAGUCGAAAUAUGUGAAAGAUUUGGACAAAUUGGAUAUGGUACUACAGGCUUAUGAAUAUGAAAAAAUUGGUGGUUAUCCUGGAAAGCUAGAAGAAUUUUUUAAAUCAACAUUAAAUAAAUUUUCUUUUCCAUGGACUAUGGAUAUUGUCCAAGAACUUUAUAGACAAAGAAACCUAUUUUUGAGUAAAAAUAAAGUAAAUUAA